AUGUCGUCUAUCUUCUCGGACUUUCAGGAGGCCCAGAAGAUCGGAAAUGGCGUUCUCCUCGCCAGCUGCCUCGCUCCGGUAAACACCGCGCGGGACCCAAGACGGCUUGACGCUCUCUCUCAACUUUCAAAUUGGCAGACGGCCCCAGCAGACAUUCGUCACCACCUCUUCCAACGACCCGGAAGCGUCAAACUGCCCAAAGCGGAAGCCAACUGUUGGGUUGACAUCUUCGUGUCAUUAUGGAAGUGUGUUCGUGACCUUGCCGAUAUCAGCGCUGGCAUUGGUGGUGACUGGAACCGCGCCUUUGAAGCCUACAAAGAGCUCUGCAAUCAUCUCAUCAGAGGCUACACAAACUUUGGUUUCCAUGCUUGGACAGUGCCCUGCUUUCACUCAACUGGCAAGUACUUGCGUAUGAUCGCUAUGAAAGCCGACCGUGAAUCCAAGCCUGCCACCAAUGGAGGUACGUUCAGCGCUGACUUGGCCGAUGACAUCGUCAAUACCAAUCAGCACAAAAGGCUCGAGGAGGCGGCCUGGCUAAUCAAUCGGAUGUUCACCGUCUGCUUAUCCGACCGCAGCGAGUUGACAGACUCUCGAAAAUGGGGCAUCUACAGCACCACGAACCUGCUUUUCAAAACGUACUUCAAACUCAACUCUCUCCCUCUCACCCGAAACGUCAUUCGCGCCUUAGAUGCCGCAGAUGAUGACCUCCCGCCUCUGCACCUCUUCCCUAAGCCUCAGCAGUGCACAUUCAAGUACUACCGCGGCGUGAUCGAUUUCCUGCAGGAAAAUUACGCGGAUGCGGAGGAGCACCUUGAGGAAGCGCUGGCACUGUGCUACAAGCAUUCGAUGAGGAACCGAGAGCAGAUAUUCACCUAUCUGAUCCCGGCGCAUAUCCUGAACCACCACCAGCUCCCGACUCAAGCUCUACUGGAUCGUACGCCCACGCUUUCUAAGCUCCUCACGCCACUAUUCAAGGCCAUAAACCUCGGCAAUCUCCGGGCUUUUGACGUUGCGCUAGCUGAUGCCGAGCCGGAACUAGUCCAGCGAAGAAUAUACCUUACGCUGGAGCGGUCCAGAGAUCUAUGUAUGCGCAAUCUUUUCCGGAAAGUCUUGCUCAAUGCUGGCUGGGAGGAGCAGAAAGAUGCAACCACAGGCGAGGUGACUGGAAAGAUUCGGCGGACCCGAAUCAGGAUAGAAGAGUUUGAGGCAGCGAUGCGCGUAAGCUGUCGGGGAGGCGACGAGGUUGUGGAUCGAGAUGAAGUGGAAUGCUUCUUGGCUGGGCUGGUGUAUAAGAACCUCAUGAAAGGCUACAUCGCCCGCGAUCGCGGCAUCGUGGUGCUCAGUAAAGCAGGCGCUUUCCCUGGCACCGGCGUCUGA